CACACAAGUUAACUUACGUCGUCUGCUGUCAGUGCAUCAGCUCCAAAAUGCGAACCCAGCGGAGAGAUUCCCCAGAGCCCCGGAGCGGAGAGCCCGAGUCCCCCACACCAGACAUAGAACAUCAGCAAUCAGAAGCGGAUGUUUCAGAAAACAGUACCGAAAAUGGUCAAAUGAAACCUACAGCAUCGGAUACCGAGAGAAAACCUUCAGGUCCCAGAAUCACAAAGGAGUUUUUAAGGAACCACUGCAAACAAAACAAACUGUACCUCACGCCAAGUCUGAAUGACACCCUAUACCUCCAUUACAAAGGUUUUUCUGUUAUAGAAAGCUUAGAGGAGUAUACUGGUUUGCGAUGCCUCUGGUUUGAGUGCAACGGGCUCCAGAGAAUCGAGAACCUACAGAAUCAGACAGAGCUGCGCUGCCUGUUCCUACAGCAGAACCUCAUCCACACCCUCCAGAACCUCGACCCACUGGCCAAGCUCAGCACACUCAAUGUGUCCAACAACUAUAUCAGGGUCAUCCAGAACAUAUCUUGCCUGAGAGAGCUGACUACACUGCAGAUCUCCCAUAAUAAACUGGAGCGUGUGUGCGAUGUGGAGGAGCUGUGUCACUGCCCCUCUCUCAGUGUUCUUGACCUGUCACACAACCAGCUCAAUGAUCCAGAAAUGAUCACUGUACUGGAAAAGAUGCCAAAUUUGAGAGUGCUAAACCUUAUGGGUAAUGAAGUCAUAAAGAAAAUUCCAAACUACAGGAAGUCACUGAUUGUUCGGUUAAAGCAACUAACAUAUCUGGAUGACCGACCUGUGUUUCCAAAGGAAAGGGCUUGUUCCGAGGCCUGGGCCACUGGGGGGCUGGAGGCUGAGCGAAGGGAGAUGGAGCUCUGGCAGACCAGAGAGCGGAGGAAGAUCCAGGACGGUCUGGAUGCUAUGGCAGCUAUCAGAGACAGCGCGCUAAAGCGGAGACAAGCUGAGGAGCAACAGGAGGAAGGAAUCUUUGAGCCUCAGAGUUCUGCUGUAGAUCAGAACAGGCUGCAUGAGGAUGCUAACCUGGCUACAUUAAAAACAGAGCAGACUGACCAAGAUGAGCACAAUUCAUUAGCAUCAGAGACAGCAUCGGAUAACAGAACGAUACAAUCUGCUUCAGCGCAAGCAGAGCAAGAUCAGACUAACCAAUCAGGAGCAGACGAGGAGCCUAAUCUACACUCCGCAUCAAGACUGAAGCAGAUUCCCCAGGCAAUGUCAAACGCGAAUGAGGUUGAUCAAGCAGCGUGUGAGACGGAGGAGGUUCCUCAGUCAGAGGUCAUUCUGCCUGCAGCAGUGCAGUCAGGACAGGGGAUGAGGAAACAAAGCCAGGAGAGGAUGCCUCCUGUGAAGUUAACACCAGGAGAUCAGAAGAAGAUACACAAAGAACCAUCUUGGUUAAAAUCUGAGUCUGAAGAUCUGCUGCUGAUGCCUGGCAGAGAUGGCCCUGUCACUGAACUGAUCCCAGAUGAUGAAAUAGAGACCAUCAUCCUGUCUGACCCUCCAUCACUCACUAUCAAUGAUCUGCCUGAUCUGGAGGAUGUGGAUACCAGAUACAUACCAACAGUUCCACAGGUGUUCCACCCAAAAAUCCAGGUCGUGUCUGGUACUGACAGCGACUCCGACCUAGAACCCACUUUGUGUGACGGGCUUCAGAGAAGCUUCAGGUUUCCAGAACAAGCCCGGCUCAUUGGUGUCUCAGCUGAAAGAAUGUCAAUCAGAGACAAUGAUUGUCUUCCAUCCAACCAGAUAGCACAGGCAGUGGACCCUGAGGCAGGUGAUGCCCUGCCCACAGCAGAAGAAAACACUAAAAAAAGACUUAUUGAAGAGCUAGACUGACACACACACUGCUGCUUAUUUGACUAAAGUUGCGAUUGUUUCAUUAUUAAUAUCUAAAGGUUUUUAUAAAGGUUUUA